UAAAGCAGGAGAAACCAGAUUAUCACACAAAAACACACACGCACACUGACAACCGACACUCCCUUUUCAAAACAAGCAGCACCACACUGACUGACGCACCGACCAGUGCUGUCCAGCCGCCGGAAGCGGAGAGCCUGCUGUGUGGAUGUGUGCAGCCCUCUGGACUUGGUGGGAGGGGGAGAAGUUUCCCCAAAGACAAGCUUGGAUCACUGAGAGAGACGAUGCCUUCCUCCUCUAGUCCCAUGUCACAAGCCGCUCUGUGGAUUUGCUGAUUUCCGAAAUUAUUUUCUGCAAGUUAUUCAACGGGACUGAGGAGAGAUUUUGAGGCAGAGGAUGCUCCCACGGGUCAUUCGGAUUCUGUAUGUCUUGUCUUUCUGCUUUUUCCAAGGAGGCUUUAUCAGACUGAGCUCCUGUAAGGAGGAGAUAAAGCCCCCCAGCAGGGCAGGACCACAGCUGUCGCCUUCUGACUUCCUGGACAAGCUCAUGGGGAAGACGUCAGGAUAUGAUGCCCGCAUCAGACCCAACUUCAAAGGACCACCUGUGAAUGUCACCUGUAAUAUUUUCAUCAACAGCUUUGGGUCUAUCACAGAAACUACAAUGGACUACAGACUCAAUGUCUUUCUACGGCAGAAGUGGAACGACCCUCGCCUGGCAUACAGCGAAUACCCAGAUGAUUCCCUCGAUCUGGAUCCAUCCAUGUUGGACUCCAUCUGGAAACCUGAUUUAUUCUUUGCGAACGAGAAAGGAGCCAAUUUCCAUGAAGUCACCACUGAUAACAAGCUUCUACGGAUUUUCCAAGAUGGCAGCGUUCUGUAUAGCAUCAGGCUGACUCUUACCCUGUCCUGCCCUAUGGACUUGAAGAAUUUCCCAAUGGAUAUUCAGACCUGUACCAUGCAGCUUGAAAGCUUUGGUUACACCAUGAAUGACUUGAUCUUUGAGUGGCUGUCUGAGAACCCCGUUCAGGUGGCUGAUGAUCUUACCCUCCCCCAGUUUGUACUAAAAGAGGAGAAGGAUUUGGGCUACUGCACUAAGUAUUACAACACAGGUAAAUUCACCUGCAUUGAGGUGAAGUUCCACCUUGAACGUCAAAUGGGCUACUAUUUGAUCCAGAUGUACAUCCCCUCCCUCCUCAUUGUUAUCCUGUCAUGGGUGUCUUUCUGGAUAAACAUGGAUGCUGCACCAGCCAGAGUGGGUCUGGGCAUCACCACUGUACUGACGAUGACCACGCAGAGCUCUGGCUCAAGAGCCUCUCUGCCAAAGGUGUCCUACGUGAAGGCCAUUGACAUUUGGAUGGCAGUGUGCCUCCUGUUUGUGUUUGCUGCCCUGCUGGAGUACGCAGCAGUUAACUUUGUCUCAAGGCAACACAAGGAGUUCAUCAGGCUGAGGAAAAAGCAACGACAGCAGAGAAUAGAGGAGGAACUGGUGAGGGAGAGCCGUGGUUUUUACUUCCGGGGUUAUGGACUGGGUCACUGCCUGCAAACCAAGGAUGGUGCCACUGUAGAAGGGGCCACAGUGUUCACCCCCCCUCCUCCAGUUGCCAUGUAUGACGGAGGGGUACUUCACAAGCGUUUUGUGGACCGGGCCAAGCGCAUUGACACCAUUUCCCGAGCCGUCUUUCCCCUGAGCUUCCUCAUCUUCAACAUCUUCUACUGGAUCACCUAUAAAGUGCUGCGACACGAGGACAUCCACGCAAAUUUGUAAAAUGGUUCUCUGCCAAACCCAGUUGCCACAUUUUUUUUCUCUCAGAACCAAAACUGCUCGUCAGAUCUACAUUAAAAUGAGGAAAUGUGUCAAGAGGCUUAUCUGCUUCUUUAACCAUUGCUAAAAACUUUGUGCUCAGGUGCGUCUUCAGGAUCUCAGACAAAGAGUGAUUAAGCUGAGGAACAAGGUUAAGCUGCAAGGAUUCAGGCUGGUGUUGUUUGCGAUUGCCCUCUCGCUUCUUACAUGGUUUGAUUUGCCAGGUUUACAAAAAAGAAAUGAAUUGAUGGUAUUUGUGGGUUCAUGACGUUUAUUUGAGAUGAUGGGAGCUCAGAGAAAUGGAUGUUGAUCCUGGCUGGAUGAGACAUACUGACUUGAAUUUUGACACUACGCAUCUUUGAAUGAAUGUUUUUGAAAAUUCAAAAGAUAAUGGGUUUUUUAAAUACCUUUAGAUUAUAAGAGAGGUACCAAUGGGAGUGGGGGAGGUAUGGGUCUGAUAUUUAUUAAUAUUCAAUUGGUGGUGAUUCUUCAAUUUAGAAUAUACAUUAUAUAUGUGUAUAAGGUGUAUAUAUAUAUAUAUAUAUUAAAAAAGCUGUUCAUUACACUGCACAAAGCACAAAUGUGUAUUUCCUUUUGUCUAAAUUUAAAUAAAUUGUUAU